AUGGCAAGUCAUCAAUGUGUUAGAUCUUUCUCAACCUUUAAUUCGUCGUCUAAAUUCCCUGCUGUAUCGACAGGAACCCGAUACUCAUUUGGAAAAUGUAACAUUGAGAAAAGCUACAAGCUGACGUCGUCCUUCAAACUUCGAGAAAAACAUAGAAGAAAUGAUCAUCUUUAUAAACGUUUUGUGUUGUUUAAACCAAGCAAUUGGAAACAUGUCCCAUUAAUUUUGGGACUACAUGUACGAAAUAACUUCAAGUCCGAAAGAUCAACUCGGGACUCUAUGAUCAGUAGUAGUGCCAUGAUGAUCAACAUUUUGUUCAAGUUUUCAAGACCUUAUGCAGUUAUUGCGACGGUUCUGAGUGUCAUUUCUACGUCUCUUAUGGCUGUUGAAACGCUUUCGGAUCUCACUCCAUUGUUCUUCAUCAAAGUUCUUCAGGCCAUAUUCGGAGGCGUUUGCAUGCAAAUCUAUGUUUGUGGUUUCAAUCAGAUAUGCGACUUAGAGAUAGACAAGAUUAAUAAACCGUAUCUUCCAUUAGCUUCAGGGGAGUUAACCAUGAAGACAGCCAUCUUUGUGACCUCAUUAUCCGCUAUUAUGAGUUUAUUGAUCGUGUACAUGAGUGGUUCUUGGCCUCUAUUUUGUGGUCUCUUCGUAUGGUUCGUGAUUGGAACUGCAUAUUCAGCAAAUUUGUUACCUUUUCUACGAUGGAAGAGGUUUCCUUACACUGCGGUCUUAUACAUGAUAAACUCCCGAGCGCUGGCCAUUCCAUUUGGAUAUUACGUGCAUAUUCAGAAUGCCAUUAUUCGUGGAGGUGUCAUCAUCCUUUCAAGACGUCACCUUUUUUCAAUGGCAAUGCUCAUCGUGUUCUCUGUUGUCUUGAUACUGUUUAAGGACAUUCCAGACAUUAAAGGAGACGAGAUGCAUGGAAUUAGAUCACUUGCUUCUCAAAUCGGCCCAGAACUGAUGUUUUGGAGUUGCCUUUGGCUUCUUGGAAUGGCUUAUGGCGUCACUAUUUUCGUUGGGGCUACCUCGUCCUCUGCCUGGAGCAAAUUCGUGACGACAUUUGGACAUAUAGUGACGUUUUUGGCACUUUGGGUACGAGCCAAAUCAGUGGAUUUGAAGAGCACGACAUCUAUAUCGUCAAUGUAUUUAUUUCUUUGGAAGCUUUUCUAUGUCGAGUACUUGCUUCUUCCCCUUGUAAGAUGA